AUGAUUCACGGUCCCAAUUCUCCAUUUUCAGGUGCCUUUACUAUAGGAAAACGCUAUGAAUGUAAAAUCUUACUAUAAUUUUAGCUGCCAUUUAUUAAUCUAAUCCAAACCCAGGGUAAUGUAUGCUAUUGACAUAGUCCAAAUCACUAUUCUAUUAAUCCAAUUGAUAAACCUAUAGGGUUUAAAUUUUCGAAAUCUAAUAGGAAACCCUUAUAUUAAAAAAGUAUAGCACCAGAUCCUGGAGCAUACGAUCUUAAAUUUUAAGUUUCAAUAAAUAUAACUUAAUUAGACAAUUUCUCAAAAUUCCCCAUCUGCUAUUUUUGCAACUGCCAAAGAUCAUUAAAAAAGAGGUUUAGAAAUAGGUCCUGGAUCCUAUAAUUGGACUGAUUAAAAAAAAGCUCCAGCAUUUACCUUUCAAAGUAAAUUUGAUUCUAUCGGUAACUAAAUACUAUAAAAUCCUGGACCUGGUUCUUAUGACAUUAAACAUCACCUUACUCUUUAACCAUAAAAUAAAGGAUUAUCAACGAGUAAAAGGGUUAAUUAUUUAACAUCAAGUACACCAGGACCUGGAUAAUAUGAAGUUGAAAUACCUAAAUUCUCUACCAGCAUUAAGUAUCAUUUAAUUUCUAAAAGAUUUCCAAAAUCUUAGAGAAGUUUAGAUAUAAGUUAAAUUGGACCUGGUCCAGGAGCAUUUGAUCUAACUAUCCCAAAACAAUAAGGAAUAACUUUUGGUGUUAAAGGGAAUCAACAAAUAGAAAAAUCUAAUGUACCUGGUCCUGGUAGUUACGAAUUAAAAUCAUUUGUUGAAUAUGAUGAAAGAGAAUAAAAAUAAAAUAAAAUAAAAGGUGUUAAGUAAUGAUAAUUAAAUUAAACUAGAAUUGGUACUUCCAAUAGAAGUAGUUCAAAUUUGUUAAAGAUAGGGCCGUCUCCAUUAGAUUAUGAUGUGUCAAAAUAUAAAUAUCCUACAAGACAUGCUAGGUAACAGAAAUUAAAUUUAUUGAAGCUUUGGAAGUGCUGUAAGAUAAUCAAUUAUUACAAAUGACUAAACUCCUGGACCUGGAGCAUAUAUGAUAGAUUCUAAACUUAGAAAAAAUGGUCCAAUUAUUCCAAAAGCAUCUAAAGAUUUCAGUAAUUUAGAUAAUAUUCCUGUAAAUUUCUAAAUUCACAAUCUAGGGUCCUGGAAAGUACAAUCCUAAUAUAUCAAUUUCAUCAAAUAAAGGACCUAGUUAUAAUAUAGCUGGUAAAUAUGAAAAACCAUUGGAAAGCAGUUUAGUUGGGCCUGGAAGAUAUAAUAUUUAAAGGAAUAUUAGUGAUGGUCCAAAAUAUACAUUUCCAACCUUAGAAAAAAGUAUGGAAAACAAAUCGAUCGACAUAAAUUAGUAAAUAUUGUUUAGAUUAAUAAAUAUAGAUCGCAUUGUUAUGAAAUAUAAUAAACUAUUGGAUAUAUACCUCCGUAUAACUUACAUAAUUGA